AUGACAUCAGCAGCGAUAUAUCGACUGGAACAUACAAACAGGGAGUUACCACCAAAGAAAAAGCUAAUACUGGAGGAAGCGCAGGAGCUGAGCGCAAAUCAUUACAAGAAGUAUACCGAAAGGCUGCGUUCCAUUAACCCGCCGUGUGUGCCUUUUUUUGGAAUGUAUUUAACGAACAUUCUAAAGACAGAGGAGGGUAAUCCUGACUUCCUGCCAGACUCCUAUGAUCUGAUAAACUUCAGCAAGAGACGACGGGUGGCAGAAAUUACGGGUGAGAUUCAGCAGUACCAGAAUCAACCUUACUGUCUCAUGGUUGAGAAGAAUAUCAGG